AUGGCCAUCAUUUCCUCCAAGGUCUUCGGAGUCAAGCUCGUCGACAUCACAAACGACAAAAAGUCACGUAACGAUGAGAGCGUCGCCAAAUUCGAGAUUUCUAUCAAAUUUGGCGACGACGUACCUUUGAGCAAUACUGCUACAACCAAGCCUGUAUUGAAACAAAAAUUACAAGGAAUGCUUCCUGUAGCCCCUGCUCCUGUCAAUGCACUGGCUCCUGCUCCUGACUAUACACUGGAUCCUUCAAUAUCAACCGAAACUUUGCCAAGAAAGAUUCUGCGCAUCAUCCAGAGCUACGGGAAGAACGAGCCCGAUCCCUCAGGCAGUCUAUGGCUCGGAAUGAACAAGUUCGACCCGAUUGUACAGAAGCACGUCGCGGAUGGUGAACCAAUCAGGAUGGUGCUCCCUGCCUUUCCAUGGAAGAGCGUGAACAAAGUCGACAAGGUCCUCGGCAAGUUGCCAGACUUUGGAGAGGAACUUGCCUUAGCCCGACUCAACCAACUAUGCAACGAUAUUGGUGAAAUCUAUGAGCAUGGUGCUGAAGUAACUAUUACCUCAGAUGGGCUUGUGUAUAGUGAUCUUGUAGGAAUUGAAGACGAAGAAGUCUUCGAGUAUGGGGCUGCUCUUCGAGAAAUGGCCGUUCAAAAGGGGUUUACGAAUAUUAGAUUCACCCGCAUAAUGGAUCUCCUUGGACUGAACGACAAAGCUACGGUCUCGAAAAGCGAGUAUCUUAGCUUGGUAGAUGAAUGCCGAAAGCAGCUCAUGGAGCGAUACUUGCCAGCAGGAUUUGAUGCCCGUGAUGAGUUGCUUCAAAAUCAGGAUGCCAAUUCGACAUAUUGCGGUUAUAUAAUUUUCUUGACGAAGGACUUACAAUACAACACAAAGAUAUCGACUGAUAAUGCUGGCGAAGAAGUGAAGAGGCCUGUGAGCGGCCAAGAGUACAGGCGCAGAGUGAAACGUGUAGCACUUGACAUGAUUACCAGAGGCAAGGCAUUUGCCGCAGUAAUCGAGAGCCAGAUGCCCAACUACGUCCGCCUUUCAAUCCACCGCUCCACUGGGCUUACAAAGUUGUCUUUCCCACUCAUCCCCCAGGAAGACUCUUUCUCCAAGACUCCAUGGCAUACAUGUGUUCUCGUAACGGCAUCCGGACAGUUCCGCACUGAACAUGCCGUGGAUCUUCGAGAGAAGCAUGAACUUGUUUACAAAAAUGGGCGCCCAUACUUCUUCCGCGAGAAGUGUGCCAUCCGAAGAGGAGAAGCACUUGGAGAAGUUGAGCAAAGUAUUCUCUCCUGUCAUUGUUAA